ACUAAUCGACUUUAUUCAAAAAAUAUCUCUCUAAUUCUCGAGAUUUUCAUUUCCUGAGUCACAGUCUGAGUGGCUCUGGUGGUCAGAGCCAUGUCGACGGUGAGCAUUAAGCCUCUUCUCCACCACGGUCACCGGCGAAGCUCCGGCCACCGUUCAGCUUCGAAGCUCGUCAGGCUCAGUUCCUUGAGUGCUUUUCCAAAAAAGACGGAGUUUCGCUGCCGGAACUUCUGCAACUUCCGGCGUGCUAGUGCUCUCAUUCUCCGAGCUUCUUCUACUGACACCGCCGUGGCUGCGAGCUCUGAAUCCACAGUACCUCUCUUCAAGAAGACAUUCCCUCUGGAGCGAACUGAGCUGGUGGAGGGAAAGAUCUCUGUGAGGUUGGAUCAGGGGAAGAAUGCUCGGAAUUGGACGCUCACCGUCGGUUGUACUCUUCCCGGAAAGUGGAUUCUUCACUGGGGAGUUUCACUUGUUGGUGACGUCGGCAGUGAAUGGGAUCAACCUCCUGAGGAGAUGAGGCCACCUGGUUCGGUUUCUAUUAAGGACUAUGCAAUAGAGACACCCUUGACGGAAUCAGCAUCAUCUAUUGGAGGUGAUACCUCUCAGGAAUUGAAGAUUGAUUUUAAUCUUGACAGUGGAAUUGCAGCCAUUAAUUUUGUUCUAAAGGAUGAAGAAUCUGGUGCUUGGUAUCAGCACAGAGGAAGAGAUUUCAAAGUGCCUCUUGUGGGUUACCUGCAAGAAGAACGCAAUGUUGUUGGUGCAAAAAAAGGAUUCGGGAUGUUGCCAGGUAAUUCAAAUUUUUUUUUGAGAAAAGAUAUUUUCAUUGAUUUAAUAUAUAUGUUCAAUUCAGGAAUUGUGGGGAAGUUAUCAAACAUAUUUUUCAAAGCAGAAUCAUCAAGCUCCCAUGACAAAGAUAGCAGUAGUGAAUCCAGAGGAACUAAGGAAGAAAAUAGGUCUCUAGAAGGGUUCUACGAAGAACUCCCUAUUGCAAAAGAAAUUGCUGUAGUGAAUUCAGUAACGGUUUCUGUUGGGAAGUGCCCUGAGACAGCUAAGAAUCUUCUACAUAUGGAAACUGAUUUACCUGAUCAUGUUAUUGUCCAUUGGGGAGUUUGCAAAGAUGAGGCUAAAAGAUGGGAAAUACCAGCAAGCCCACAUCCACCAGAAACAGUAGUAUUCAAGGAUAAGGCUUUACGAACUCGACUGCAGAAAAAAGAGGGAGGAGAUGGAUGUUGGGGAUUAUUUACUUUAGAGGAAGGACUCGCAGGAUUUCUUUUUGUUUUCAAGCUAAGUGAAAGUACAUGGUUGAAAUGUAAAGGCAAUGACUUCUACAUCCCCCUUCCAAGUGCAAAUAUCUCACCUGCCGUAGCAAAAGAGGAUCAGCCUGAAGGUGCUAUUGCAGAUGGGAGAAGUGCAGAGGAAAUAGAAGACAAUUCUUUCACUGAAUAUACCAACGGAAUAAUUAAUGAAAUAAGGACCCUGGUGAGUGGCAUUUCCUCUGUGAAGAGUCGAAAGACGAAAUCCAAAGAAGCACAAGAAAGUAUUCUUCAAGAAAUAGAAAAAUUGGCUGCUGAAGCCUAUAGUAUCUUCAGAAGCACUGUUCCCACAUUUACUGAGGAAGCCAUUUCAGAAUCUGAAGAGUUGACACCCGCUGUCAAAAUAACCUCAGGGACUGGCACAGGUUUUGAAGUAGUGUGCCAAGGUUUUAAUUGGGAAUCACAUAAAUCUGGAAGAUGGUACAUGGAGCUCAAAAAUAAAGCUGCCGAAUUAUCUUCACUAGGUUUCACUGUGAUUUGGUUACCACCUCCUACAGAUUCUGUGUCACCUGAAGGGUACAUGCCAAGGGAUUUGUAUAAUCUGAAUUCCAGAUAUGGCACUAUGGAUGAACUGAAGGAGACUGUGAGGGAAUUCCAUAAAUUAGGUAUCAAAGUACUUGGAGAUGCUGUUCUAAAUCACCGCUGCGCACAGUAUCAGAAUAAAAAUGGUGUAUGGAAUAUAUUUGGUGGUCGUUUAAAUUGGGAUGAUCGUGCAGUUGUUGCAGAUGAUCCACACUUUCAGGGUAGGGGCAACAAAAGUAGUGGAGAUAGUUUUCAUGCUGCACCAAACAUUGAUCAUUCACAAGAUUUUGUGAGGAAGGAUAUCAAAGAAUGGUUAUGCUGGCUAAGGCAAGAAAUUGGGUAUGAUGGGUGGAGGCUUGAUUUUGUUAGAGGAUUUUGGGGUGGUUAUGUUAAGGACUACAUGGAUGCUAGUGAACCUUACUUUGCUGUUGGUGAGUAUUGGGAUUCCCUAAGUUAUACAUAUGGUGAGAUGGAUCACAAUCAAGAUGCACAUAGGCAAAGAAUUAUUGAUUGGAUUAAUGCUACUAGUGGAGCCGCUGGAGCUUUUGAUGUAACAACAAAAGGGAUCCUUCAUGCUGCUCUGGAAAGAUGCGAAUAUUGGCGAUUAUCAGAUUCAAAGGGAAAGCCUCCUGGGGUUGUUGGUUGGUGGCCAUCUCGUGCUGUUACCUUCAUAGAGAAUCACGAUACUGGUUCUACUCAGGGUCACUGGAGGUUUCCACGUGACAAGGAAAUGCAAGGAUAUGCUUACACUCUGACUCAUCCAGGAACACCAGCAGUUUUCUAUGAUCACAUCUUUUCUCACUACCGGUCAGAAAUCGCAGGUUUAAUAUCUUUAAGAAACCGGAACAAAAUCAAUUGUCGCAGCAUAGUUAAAAUUACCAAAGUUGAAAGAGAUGUGUAUGCUGCUAUCAUUGAUGAAAAAGUUGCAAUGAAGAUCGGACCAGGUCACUAUGAACCCCCAAGCGGGUCUCAAAAAUGGUCCAAAAGCCUCGAGGGAAGAGAUUACAAGGUCUGGGAAGCAUCAUAAAUUUUCCAGUGUAUGUGUGAUAUAUCUAUGAGUAUAUAUAGUCGAAUGCAGAGAGAUGAAUAAGGACUGGCCGGAGCUGUGCAUUUGCAGCUGGUUGGCUUAUGUGGAACUGAUGAAUAUUGGGUUCAAAAGGCGGUUUGCCAUUAUAAGCUGUUGAUACAUUGGAGAUGGAUACCUUCUGUAUGUAACACGUUCGAUCUGGACUUCUGGUUCUGGUGUACAACUCCACUCUGCUUUCCGGUGUGUUACAGUAGAAUGUGUAAAACCAAAUCUUUCUUUUUUUGGGAGAGCUAAUGUAUCUUUUUCAAAUGAUUUAUCAACAAAUAUUAUACAAGAAAGUGGCAUGUUGCUGACAAA